AUAUAUUCCCUUAAAAUGUUCAAUUGUGCAAUUCCUUUGAAGAUUGAAGUUAUUUACAAUAGCCUUGCAGCCACAAAGGCAGAAGAGUGUGCUUUCUUCGUCUCCGCUGAAAUGUCUUUAGUAAGAGGAGAUAACGAACGUGAUAAAGUCUACACUAUGAGAAUUUCGGUCAAGUAUCAAAAAGAACUGGAAGGAAGGACCGACAUGGUAAUUGUGGAAGUUGGCUUGUUUUCAGGUUUCACACCAGUAGAGGCGACAUUAAAGACGCUUGAAAAGUCAGAAAAUGUACCGGUUGAGAGAUAUGAGAUUUCAGACAGAAAAGUUAUUCUAUAUCUUGAAUAUUUGGAUGCAUCAGAAAUUGUAAAUCUCGACUUUAGAGUUAAGCAAUCUUUUGAAAUGAAAAACAUUCAGUCUGCUCGUGUUGCCGUUUACGAUUACUAUUUUCCAGAGAAGAAAUGCACUGCAUUUUACAAUCCCAAAGAUGACCAAACUGAGCUAAGGCAAUUUUGUACAGCGGAUAUGUGUGUGUGCGCAGCAGGUGCGUGCCCAAAAUUUUUUUGCCCAAAAAGCAAACCUGGCCAUACUUAUAAUCAACUGUAUCAUGAAUAUGCAUGUGGACCAAAAAGCUCAAUAGAUUAUGUUUUUGAGGUGGUUGCUGAAGGUAAAGUGACGGAAAAUGGAUUCACGACGCUCACAGCAUCUGUCAAAGAAGUGAUGAAAAAAGGUAAAGACACGAUUGAGGCGGGCUCUUUGACUCGCCUGUUUUCUAUGAAGAGUUCUUGUGAAAACGAGUGCGAUUGGAUGAUCGGGCGAAAGUAUUUGAUUAUGGGCAAAGAUGGCCUCUCCUACAAGGACGGCAAUUUUAUCAAGUACAAGUACUUACUUGAUGCUACUAGCUACAUUGAAAAAUGGCCAAAGAAGGGUGAAAACGGAAAACGUGCAAAAUCCUUCAACAAGUUAAAGAAAACUCUAGGGAAAGAAGGAUGUGCAGCCUAAGAAAACGACGUUGUUGGCAAUGACAAAUGAUGUAGAAUAAUUUGAUAAAUUAGUUGAGUCUUACUUCAUAGUUUGUUAAAGUUAAUUUUUAAAUAUAUAUAUUUUUUUUGUAAUAUGUCUGCAUCUCAAAAAAAAAGUUUCUUUUAAUCUAACAGCAGUUGGCAUUACACUUUUAUAACAACAGAACUAAAUUUAGAUUGAUCCUGUGUAUAUUUAAAUAUGUUAAGCCUACAAGCAUUCAAUUUAAAAAAAAGGGAAGUUAAGCACCUUUACGAUAACGGAACAAAAUUUAGAUUGUACGCAGGAAAGUGGAGAAAUUCAUCAGAAUAAAUCUACAAGUCUAAAACCAGAACUUCAUGCCUAAACUACAUAUGAGUAUGUAUCAUACUAUUUAAUAUACUGAAUAUAUAAGGAAACUAUGCCCUAUUAACCACAAUUUGGAAAUUUAAUACUUUCUUUAUAUCUUUAUAUUUUUAUUCAUGAAGUAGCUCAAUUCACUAAUUUAGAAAAUGGGCUUCACGUAUUCUUUGUUAUGCAAAUUUGCAUUGUUAUUGUCUUGACAUUGUUUUUGAAAGUCUGAGCUGCUGCCUGUGUAUUGCAGGUGUAAUAAAUAUUUAAGCACUAUGCUACAUUUCAUGUUA